GAAGUAGGGAAUAGCCACCAAUUGACCAAUCAGAGAGAAGAAUCAAGACUCAAUGAUACAUGUCAUCCCAACUGUGAAAAUAGAGGAGCUGCAUGGAGCGCCCUCACAGAGGAUGUUUGUUAUUCAAUGACAAUGAAGUACAACAUAGAUCUACUCAAGCAUGUCACACAAGAAACAUGGGAACAAAGACUUGUCUUCAGUGAGGGCACGCCAUGCAAGUCCUCUAUUGGCCCUAGAUAGAUCCAUCAUCAGCAGAUCAUGGGAAGAAGUUGGCUUUGAGUUUUGGAAGCAGCUUUGCUCAGAGCAUGGUAUCAGCCCUGAGGGAAUCCUAGAGGACUUUGCCACCAACGACACCGAUCGUAAAGAUGUCUUCUUCUACCAGGCUGAUGAUGAGCACUAUAUUCCACGUGCUGUCCUACUGGACUUGGAGCCUCGCGUCAUCCACAGCAUCCUAAAUUCUUCUUAUGCCAAUCUCUUCAACCCGGAGAACAUCUACCUGUCCAAACACGGUGGGGGAGCCGGUAAUAACUGGGCAUCUGGGUAUGAGCAGGGAGAGCGUUUGUACGAAGAAGUGUUUGACAUUAUAGACAGGGAGGCUGACGGAAGUGACAGUCUGGAGGGUUUUGUACUCUGCCAUUCAAUUGCUGGGGGCACAGGAUCCGGCAUGGGGUCAUACCUGCUAGAACGACUCAAUGACAGAUUUCCCAAGAAGUUGAUCCAGACCUACUCAGUUUUCCCCAACCAGCAGGAGAUUAGCGAUGUAGUGGUGCAGCCCUAUAACUCUAUGCUAACCCUGAAGAGACUAACCCAGAACGCAGACUGUGUGGUUGUGCUGGACAACACCGCCAUGAAUCGUAUCGCCAGCGAGCGACUACACCUUUCCAACCCUGACUUCACACAAAUCAACCAAAUGGUCUCCACUAUCAUGUCAACAAGUACGACGACACUCCGCUACCCUGGCUACAUGAACAAUGACCUGAUUGGGCUGAUAGCCUCUCUCAUUCCAACCCCUAGGCUACACUUCCUAAUGACUGGCUACACACCUCUCACAGUCAGCUCGGAUCUCAAGUCAAAUAGCGUCCGUAAGACCACAGUACUGGAUGUGAUGCGACGUCUGCUGCAACCCAAAAACAUCAUGGUGUCUACAACGCUGCGAGACAGACAGAGCAACCAUUGUUACAUCUCUAUCUUGAACAUCAUCCAAGGAGAGGUUGACCCAACUCAGGUGCACAAGAGUCUUCAGCGAAUUAGAGAGCGUAAGCUGGCACAAUUCAUCCCCUGGGGGCCAGCAAGCAUCCAGGUAGCCUUGUCUCGCAAAUCACCCUAUGUCCAGACAGCCCAUUUAUUUGAGAGAACUUGCCAGCAAUAUGACAAGCUGCGCAAGCGAGAGGCCUUCCUGGAACAGUUCCGCAAGCAGGCCAUCUUCAAAGACAACCUGGAUGAGUUGGAUAACUCCAGAGAGGUAGUCCAACAGCUGGUGGAUGAGUACCAUGCUGCUACCAAGCCAGACUACAUCUCCUGGGGUACACAACAGUCUUUUGGCACCAACUUCUAA